GGUGUCGAUCUUCAGGUCUCUGAUAUCAAGCAGGGAGGAUCUAGCGGGCAGAGGAGACUGGACCAAGCGCAUGGCGUCUCAGUGGCAGGGCAUGACGGCCUCCAUGCGCAGACGAUCACUCCUAAAGGAGGAACAUCUAGAGAAGGCGGUGACCCGGUCUGCUGAGGGCCAUCUGGAGACGGGUCCUCUGGGCUCCCUGUGCAGACAGUUCCAAAGGAGGCUGCCACUAAGAGCCGUCAGCCUCAACCUCGGGACUGGCCCCUCCUGGAAACGCCUGGAAACCCCAGAGCCAGAGCAGCAGCAUCUUCAGGCUUCAGCUCGCUCAGCCAAAAGCGCCUUGGGUGCGAUGUCCCAGAGAAUCCAGGAGUCCUGCCAAAGUGGCACCAGGUGGCUGAUGGGAACACAUGUGAAAGUGAGGAAAAAACGAGGCGUCCAGAAGGACAGAGUGUCCUCACCACCCAGUCUGAGCCAGAAGAACACGCGGCUGUACAGGGCCAACCGGGAUGCCAGAGUCGGGGGACAGCCUCGCCUCUCUGGCCAGAUGGGUCUACAUGCCCAUCGACGUCAGCGGCUAAGGAGGGACCCGGCUGCCCUCCGGAGCCCCUGUUCCUCCUCAGAACCUCUCUGCUCUCCCAGUGAGUCUGACAGUGACCUAGAGCCUGUGGGGGCUGGAAUCCAGCAUCUCCAGAAGCUGUCACAAAAACUGGACAAAGCCAUCAAGGCUGAAGAGAGUGGUGACAUGACCGUCUCCCUUAUUCGUGAAUGAGGACAGCAGGCAUACUACAGGAAACAGGCCCUGUCUGUGCCACCCACCCCAUGAACUUCCAGAGGAGGUACUGGGCUCAUCAGCAUCCCCAGGCCACUGCUAACAAGGACUUGACUAACAGGGGAUCCAGAAGCCUUCUAUUUCAGCCAUAUCUGGGCCCAUUGAUAACCACUGGCCACAGCCCAAGAGUGAUUUAGGAAGACCUUGAAGAGGUGAUGGGAACUGCUCAUGCUCUCCAGGACGAUUCAUACAGCACCCUGUUCUUCAGCCUCACAGAAGUCCAUCCAUAUUAGGAAUGUACCUAAAGAUGCUAGACAGUUCUGAGCCUUGUAACUAGAACCAAGGCCCUGCAGGAGUCAUGCCACGAAACCACCCCCUUUAUUCCCAGUGCAGAGAUUCUUGGGAACCACUUUUACCCCUGAUCCCACAGGGCCCCAUAGGAAGAGAGGAGAUAUUUGUACACUGUGUAAGCCUGAGCUCUUGGGGCCUACUUAUCAGCUCAGUGUGGGGAACUGGGGUAUGCAGGGAAGGGAACACUAUUCAAGACCAGUUUCUGCUCUUUGUA